AUGAUUGGCAAACCACUUUGGUUCGACAAAUCUACUCGGCUAGACCAAAGAUUGGGAUAUCCUCGUGUUUGUAUGGAAAUGGGGAUUGAUUCAGAAUUCCAGGAUUUCUUGCAUCUUGUCCCGGAUCGAAGACCGGCGUACAAUGUUCAUAUCGAAUUAUGCAACAAGCCAGCAAUAUGUGCCAAAUGUUGCAAGUUUGGACAUAACUGUGAGGAGAUUCAGGAUGAGAAGCAUGACACAGGGUCGGUUGUCGAGGUGGUUCAAGAGUUAUUGCAAGUUGAGAGUGAGGGAAUUUAG